UAGUGUAUCUACUUUUUGGGCGCUGUUGAUGUUGUUGGUGGUGGUGGUGACGCUAUCCGGUCCGACUUUAUUCGCCUCGGCAGUGGGAUAUCAGAGGAUUCGCCCUUUUGCAGUCUCCCAUUUGUGCGUUUUGCUUGGGCUCUUUCUUAAUCUUCUUCCAUGUUUCUGCUUUUACUUUUUCUCCUUGCUUUUUUGGCGUGGAAAAGGUUGGAUUUUUAUGGUUUAAUGGCUUUGGUUGUGGAACAGGGUGAAGGCACAGCACCUGCGCAUAUAAAGUGAAGUGAAGAGGGGGAGCAGAGCGAAGCAAGCUAUUGCUGCUGCUGAGAGCGAUGGAGACGACGCUUUUGGUGCCCAUCACGCGCACGGAGCACGUCGACGUGACCCAGAAGCCCGUCUCGCCGCCGCGGGCGAAGCGAGGGCCACGCCCCGCGCCGCCCCGCACCGUGCGCAUCUUCUGCGACGACUUUGACGCUACCGACUCCUCUGGCGACGACGACCUGACCUGCCGGUCCCGCCGCCGAGUCCGCCGCUACGUCCAGGAGAUACGGCUCGAGGCCCGCCCCUCCUACUCCGGCAGGAGCAGCAAGGCGCCGCAGGGCGCUCCCGCGAGGAAGAGGAAGCCCGCUGUCACAGACGCCGGUGAUGGGAACGGGGACGGGAACGUGAAGCGGUUCCGCGGCGUUCGACGGCGGCCGUGGGGGAAGUACGCCGCGGAGAUCCGCGACCCGUGGCGGCGGGUUCGAGUGUGGCUCGGCACGUUCAACACCGCCGAGGAGGCCGCCAUGGUGUACGACUCCGCCGCCAUCCAGCUCCGCGGCCCCGGCGCCAUCACUAACUUCUCCCGCACCCCUGCCCAGCCGCUGAAGAAGAACCUUUCCGACAACAACCUCUCCUCCUCCAUUUGCGGCGGGUACGACUCCGGCGACGAGUCGCGCAACCUCUCCUCCCCGACCUCAGUCCUCGGCGGCUUCCCUUCCUCCUCCUCCUUCUCCUCCUCCAUUUCCUCCUCUUCCUUCUCUCCCUCGCCCUCCGCCUCCGGCAAGGAACCACCGCCGGGGCCUCAACCCGCCAGCGAGAGAUGCUUACCGGAGGAGCUGCUCGGCGACUCCAUGCCGUUCGAGGGGGUGCCGCUACUCUUCGACGACUUCCUCCGCGGCUCAGAGCCGGGCUACUUCGACUACUCGGCGCCGAUCGGCUUCCUGGCGGUUGAGCCGAGCGACGGCGUCAUCGGCGCGCGGAGAGACAUCGACCUAAGCCAAUCCACGUGGCAGAGCGAUGACUGUUUCGAGGACAUCGGCGACUUAUUCCCGAUCGACCCUCUCCCCGCCCUCUAAUCGCGGGCGAGUCAUCGGCCCGUUAAGGCGUCGUGGCGGCCAGAGCGGCGAAAAAGGCGGCUUCUUUUUCCUUUUCCUAUUUAUACAUGUUCUCGACGACGGUUACGUCAGUUAACGGCGACGGAACGGAAAUGAGGCAGUGAGUGCAAUUGUUUUUCCUUCGUUUUGUUUAUUGGUAUGUAUAAGAAAGAGAUGGGGAGGGUGUCAUCUUAAAAGGGGCGGUUAAAGUGGGAUAUCGGUGGGGGUCAUUUUGAGGACAAAGGCUGGCUUUGGGUGGUGAUUACUUCUUCUCUUUUACUGUCAAAAGUGACUCAACUCUCCACCCCAUGGAUUGGGUGGGAAGCAUGCAUGGCCUUUAGUAGUUUUUAUCUUCCAAAGCAUAGCCUCUGUGACCCGUCUGUGCUCGUUUGAUGGCCAUGGCCCUCUCUGUUGUCACAGUUGCUCCAAGUGUCCUCCUUCCUCCUGAUAACCUCAAGGAACAUGGAUUAACUCUUGAUAUGACUUGUUGAGACACAGUGUUCUGUACA